GAGAGCAAUAGGGAGAAAUGAGUAAGAGCCAGAGCUGAAACAGUGUACGGCAUAAUUCCUGCUCUGUGAUCACAGUUACUCCAAGUGAAAAAAAAACAGGAGAGGGGGCAGAGAGAGGCGGUAAUCAGCUCAACCUUUGCAACCGGCUCAGGACAGAACGUCUAUAGAUAUUUAUAGAUAUUAAAACAAAAACAACCUUACCCUGAAUAGAGCCUUUCUUAAAAAGAAGGUCCUGGCAAUUCUGUCUUAUUUAAGCAAUUUCCUGAGUCUAAGAAUAGAAAUGAGCUGCCUGGAAGGCACUGCAGGCUGAAAUUUGGAGACAUAGGCUGCUUUAUUUUAUAUUUCCAAGUAUAAAAACCUUCCAUUUGGAUACUGGAUUUUUAUGUUGGUCUUUGAAGCGAAGGGAUGUAUGGCUACUUUUAAUUUUACUUUUUUUUUUCCUCUCUUAUUUAAUUUUAAAAAACUGUCUUCCAGUUAAAAAGCAAGGAAACCGUUUUACCUGCAUGUGACAAUCCCAGAGGACACCGAUCAAGAAACAGGGAGUGACUUGGUCUUCUGCACUACUUUACUCCUACCCCAUUUUUUUUAGGGGGAGAGAAGGAUUUUUCAGUCCAAGAAUCCCUUGCCCCCAAGUUUUGGAAGGGGGUUGAAGACUUGUCACCCAUCUGGGGGUGCAUGAAGGGUAUUGGUUUUCUUUCUCUGUUAACUUGGUUUUGUGAAGGGUUGGAAGAGAAUCUUGCCUUCCUGACUUGCCUGGAACAAGAGGAUGAUUUGGAAAUGGCUGGGCGCUUUGCUGCUUUUCCCCGUGCAGAUGGUUUAUCUGGUGGUGAAAGCUGCCGUGUGCGUGGUGCUGCCGCCCAAGCUCCGAGACCUGUCCGGGGAGAACGUGCUGGUCACCGGCGGGGGCAGAGGCAUCGGUCGCCAUCUGGCCAGGGAGUUUGCUAAGCGAGGAGCCAGAAAGAUCAUCCUGUGGGGUCGAACUGAGAAAUGCCUGAAGGAGACCACAGAGGAAAUCAGGAUGAUGGGGACAGAAUGCCAUUAUUUCAUUUGUGAUGUAGGAAAUCGAGAGGAGGUGUAUCGGCAAGCCAAAGCUGUGCGGGAAAAGGUGGGUGAUAUAACUAUCCUGGUGAACAAUGCUGCUGUGGUCCAUGGUAAGAGCCUGAUGGACAGCGAUGACGAUGCACUGCUCAAAUCACAACAUAUAAACACCCUGGGACAGUUCUGGACCACCAAAGCAUUCCUGCCAAGGAUGCUGGAGUUGCAGAAUGGACACAUUGUUUGCCUGAACUCUGUCCUGGCCUUGUCAGCCAUCCCUGGUGCCAUUGACUACUGCACCUCCAAAGCCUCGUCCUUUGCCUUUAUGGAAAGCCUGACCUUGGGGCUGCUAGACUGUCCUGGAGUGAAUGCCACAACAGUCCUGCCCUUCCACACGAGCACUGAGAUGUUUCAGGGCAUGAGAAUCAGGUUCCCUAAUCUUUUUCCUCCUCUCAAGCCAGAGACAGUGGCUAGGAGGACAGUAGAAGCUGUUCAGAUGAAUCAAGCCUUCCUGCUCCUUCCGUGGACAAUGCAUGUUCUUGUCAUCCUAAAAAGCAUUCUCCCUCAGGCAGCACUUGAAGAAAUCCACAAGUUUUCUGGGAGCUACACCUGCAUGAACACUUUUAAAGGACGAACAUAGACUUGAUGGUACAAGGACUAUUCUUCAGUGAAACCAACACAAGCAUGAAAAUCCUGACAAGACUGUGAAUCAGCAGGCUUGGCUUUCAGCCUGUUCAUGUGACUUGCGCUGCUCUGAGGCAACACAUUUCUUGCAGGUCAUAUCCAUAGUAACAUGACCUUUGCACAGGAUUGAAGGACUAGACUAUGGACCCUUGGAAAGAAAAACAAAAAGCGUGAAAUGUUUAUAUGAUGUUUAAUUCUUUAGAGUUCAAUUGUUAAAUCUACUCAUAGUUUUAAGAUGUAAUUUUUGUUUCUAAAGUGUCUGUAGGCUGUCUCAGCUGAGAGGCAGCACAUCACACCCCAUACAUACUUUAUCCCCCCUCUUCUGAGGAACUGAAAUUACAAACUGCUACUGGUUUCAUUUCAGCUUUUCAAAUGGAGAACUUAAAAAAUACUUUGAAGAACUAAAAGUUAUGGACAUUUAAUAGAAGCUUCCUUCCCUUUCUUCACUUUACAUCCCUUGAUGAAGCUGUUCCCAACUCACAUCAGGGAAGAAGCAAACUGUGGAGCAAUGUUUUCUUUGUUAAAGGCCACCCAGGACUUCUGUCUGGAAGGACUGUGCUGGGCCCAAGAAAGCUGUCUUCACCUCUGAAGGCCAGAGAGCAGUGCUCAGUCAGAAGAGCAGACAGUUUGAAUAGUGGAAGAUCCUUCCUGUCACUGAACUCAUAUAUGAAAUUUAAUUGUCUUUCUGAAUAUUUUUAUUCACUUAUCAUAAAAUAUAUAUAUAUUUUUAGCAUUAAUCCCAGAUUGCUACACAUGUAGGCAGCAUCACAUUGGGAAUGAACUAAAUCUAGAACUAAAACUAGAGCCUGCUUGUACAAACACACAUUCACUGACAUAAUCCUUGCAGAGGAAAAUCCUUUGUAUCAAUCUGCACAGUGAAGUAAGUGAAAUAAUGCUCUAAAAAUAGAAGAAACAGUACUGUAGUGGUCAUGAAACAUGAAGUUUGGAAGCACAGUUAGCAAAGACCUGAUUAAAUGCACGUUGAAUUCAACUGGGAAUAUACCCAUUGUUUUUUAGGGGCAUUGAAUCAGGCACUGAUGGGCCAAAAGUGAUAAAUACUGCUUGGACUGAAAUGCCAGAAGCAGCUAGACAUUAUUUAUUUUUGUAAUGAUAUAUUCUCUUUGACAGCCUAGUAAGAGCAACAGAGCAUUCCCAUGCCAGAUGCAGUGUGCAGCACUAGGCAUAGCAAUGUAGUUGAAACAUAUUGGAACACUACUAAAAGAGGAAUUAAUAUAAUUGCAAUAAAGGAAAGUGGCAAGCCUAACUGGAGAACACCUGAAUGAAGCACCUCAAGGAAGGCCACGUGGUUAAAGUAAAGGAGUGAAUUUAGAGGUUCUGACUUGAAUUUUGAGCUUUUCCAUAGAUGUCUUGUGUGACCUGGGGCAAACUGCAUAAUUUCAAGGAGCACCCUGACCUGCAAAGUAGAGAUUUCUAGUGUUUCCCUACCUCAAAAGUUGUAAAUCUGACUACCUAAUUGUUUGUCUAAAGCUCAGCAAAUUCAAAUGGAACACGCUGUAGAAUGGAAAAGUAGUAUUUUUUCAUAAACCAAAAGGUUCUAUACAAAAAUUCAGAAGAGGAAAGAACCCAUAUACUGAAAUAUAUAAUUUCCUAAAAGAGAUCUGAAUUACAGUAGAAAAGCUGUGAGCUGUAUUUGAAAUAUUCCUUUGGUUCUGCCAUGUAGAAUGGAGACCAACUACUUAGGUGCAAUGAUGUGAAUGUUAAAAUCCGAAGGUCUGAACCUGGCAAAUCAGUAGAUAUAUUUCUUCUUGACCAGUUCAGGAGGACGAUAUUGCCAAAAGCGCCAUUGACGCAGACCCCUCUGCCCACAUGGGUAUUCUGAGGACCUGUCCUGUCUGGGUCAGUGCUUUGCUCCUGAGUGCACAAUAUAUAAGCUGUAGCACUGUGCCAGCUGUGAAAAGGUUUCUUACAAUGGAGUUUUGUUUUGAAUUCCUAGAUGUCUGAGGCUCUCUGGAGAGGAUGAAAAGAAACUUUGAUCUCUGUGGUUUUGACGCCCACCCUAAUAGAGGCUUUCAGCUUUAUUUUUUGUCAAUUUUUUGAGAAGAAACCCAGUUCAUUGAAAACACAAGUGCAAUGAGGGGAGAACCCUUCCAGGAUCUGCCAGGAAUACUGAAGGUACCAUAUUUAUCAAGAGAUGCUUGGGAGGGGAAGGGAUGAUUAUACAUACCUCCCCUUAUGGCCUCUAAUCCUUUUUAGUUUCUCAUUAAUCACAGUCAGACAUGCCAUGCUUGUAGAUGCAAGAGCAAACAGAAUUGGUGAAAGAGGGCACCCCGCAGUGUCCCCUUUAAAUUAAACCUUUAUGCCGAGAUUCUAUUCAUUGAUAACACCCUAAUGCAAAAGUGAGGUAAAAACUAGUACACACAUUGAAAUUAAGUCUCCGCUUAUCCCCAGAUCCUGUCCCUUAGAUGAAUCUGCUCUUUUCCUGCACUGCAUAAAAGAUGUUCCCUAUCUUCAGAGGUUGUCUUACAGACUAAGUGCUGUUGAUUUCUUUCUAAUGAAUAUAAACAAAUCAAAAUGUAGCUGAGACUCUCAUCAUCUCACUCCUCUCAUACACACACACAAACUUCCCUCUCUCUUUCCCUCAGGGUCCCUGAGCGGACAGCAGGUCAAAUAGCAGUCACAGUGGGGGAGAGGUAUGCAGCAAACAGAAAAUGAGGAAAACAUUGACUUUGCUUUUCAGAUAGUAAGGAAGAGUUGGGUAAGAGAGUUUCUUCUCUUAUAAGGGUUUCGAGCUAGAAUGCUCUCCAUUCAGUGAGCUACUUGCAAAUUUGGAUGGAAUACUUUUGAAGACUUCUUUUUUAAUAGAAAGGCUCCUCUGGAAUGCCUGCUGAGGUCUACUGUCCCUUUUCACAUAAGGUUAGUAUUGGGUAAUCUUGAAGUGCUGCAAAUGUUGACAAGCUUUGUUGAAGCCUAAGGCCUUCUCAAAGGAAUUUCCGCCCUUUUGACUUAUUUUAAUUUUGGUUUUCCCUGCUCUCUCCACUGCCUCCUGCUUUCCACUGCACAAUUAUUUUUUUUUCCUUCUGUUUUUCUAUGUCAUUACUGCACUUUUCAGUGCCACCAUCUUGAAGCCAGAUGUCAUACAAAGAGUCUGGAGUAAAUUGAAAUCGGGGUAUAUAUUAUCCUGCUGGCGGAACCUAGGUGAGGCUGUAGGAGCAGGUCACAGAAGUUUCAUAUGAAAUUAGCUUUACUUGCUCCAAUCUGUGAAAAAGCAGAAGACCCCUUAAUAUCGUUCUUAUACAGGAGAUUGCUGCUGUUCUAAAAUUUGAAUGACAGAGAAAUGUUAGCUGGUUUGGGGCAUAUGUUUUCCUGGCAUAAAAAGAUCCUAUUUAAAAGAGAGGAUUUUUCAGUUCGAGGUGUUUUGAGAGGCUGGUGUUUAUACAAAGUAAUUUUCAAAAUUAGCGUGGCAGGGCAGGGAGAGGAGGAGUCAUUUAUAAGUAAAUUUGAUUUUUCUUGUUCAGUAUUUGAUUUUGUAUUUUGUUUUUGAUGAGAAAAAAGAAUCGCAUUCUCUCGUGUACCCUUGCUGAACUUUAAACAGGUCCUUCCAGCCAUAUCCUUGUUGAUGGCAUGUUUUUAGCAGGAUGAAGAAAACAGGAGUGAGCCCUGGAAGUGGGAACUAUACCCUACCUAUCUACUUAUCCAUUGUUUUGUUGAGGUUAAAAACUGACAGAGUCCAGCCCUUAUAGUUCUUCUAGAACCUCACAGAAAGUGCCUGGGCAAGUGGUUCUGAUGUUUGCAAAGAGAAACUUGUACUUUUAUGUAAUGUGUUAAUUAGUGUGGGUGGGUAUGAUCAGAUCUAGUCUUGCAAGCCUUUCAGACAACUCCCUGAACACUCCCACCUUCAGAUAUUAACAGAUAGCAGUGAACUUGCCAAAUCUCAUAAAAACCUGGUAACAGACUUAAUGCAGGCAGAGCAUAAGUGGGUGCAUUUAUUUCAAAGAGAUCACAUCUGUUUGUAGCAGACAUUAAUUUGGCCUAGUAUUUUCCUCUAGCUGAAAUGCAACUAUUGAGGAAAAGAAUACAGGAUGACCUUAGAUCAUCUAUUUUGUUUUGACUUCUUCAUGUGGCUUUAAUAAACUUAACCUGGGUGACAGCCACUUAUUUGACAGCACUUGUUCAUAAAUUUGGAGGUAAAGCAAGAUUAUGUCAAAUGUAAUGUUUUGCAUUUUUCACCAAAUAACCAGCAACUUUGAGAAUCAGAAUAUGCUGCGCUGUCUUUGUAGCUCUCAGAUCCUUCAGCUGCUAAAAUCCUUCAAGCUGGUAUUGCUUCUCAGGCUGCUGGAGUUUGGAGACUGAGUGAAACCUGGCACUCACAAGCAGCAGUUACAUUUUCUAGUGUUGUGGUUUGGGCCUGAUCGGCAACCAACCCCCGCAGCUAAUCACCCUCCCUUCCCCCUCCCCACCUGGGAAUGGGGGAGGGAUUAGAGGGGUGAAGGGAGAACCAAGACAUCUAGUGAAGAGGAUCCUCUGUUUUGUUAGAGUGCUUUUCUGGAAGAGAUUUCGUGAUGUGAAUAGUGGCAGACACCUCUUGCAGAUUUCAGCAACUAACUUGGCGAAAGAUGUGAAGAAAAACAGAACUUCACCUUCUCUCUGCUACUCAUUCUCUUUUAUCCAGUGUUUCCUCUGGGAAGCUGGCAACUCAGUCACUUUUCUAACUGAUAAACUGCCCCUCUUACCACCCUCUAUUCUGCUAGGAUUGCCUCAGUACCUUUUUUCAAUACCUUCAAGGAGCUGACAGCUUCAACAGAAACAACCCUUUCUGUAUUCUUGAGGAAAGUCAGAUCAGCAAGGUAACGUGUUAGAAAGAAGACCAGACUUUGUUUUGAUGGGGCUGAGGUACCCCAGCCUAUAGACGACAGAUGGAGGACACAGGACACAACUUGAAUGCUGCCAGUACCAUAGAAGGUAGUGAGUUCCCCCUGCUCCUGUCAUCUUGUCUUGAAACAUAACACCCUCUUUUGUUUCUGUAACGGAUCCCCCAAGCUGACACUUUAGCAGAAACACAAACUGACCCAGCCUGUGUGGAGUGGAUACAGCUGAAAUGCAUAGACCUCUGAGGAGACAAUUUAUAUCUUCACACCUUCCCAAAGAGUCCAAGCUUAUUGGUUCCUUAUGCUCACCUUUGCUAUGGGCAUUGUGACAUAUCAAGGCAAAUGUAUAUGCUGACUUUUCUGCAUAAAUCUAGAAAACAACAGUUUCCCUUAAAUGAGAGAAGCAAGCACUCUAAUUUGAGCUUGAGAGUGACUGAAGAGUAAGUAGAUGAGAAAACGAAGGAGAGGUGCAAUCUCAGGGGGAGUGCUCUAAACAGACAGGCGAGAUGCCACCUUGUAUUCCUGAAGUUAUAUAAUAAUAGAGGCACGUGAGUUCCAUCCAAAUGCAAAGUCUAUAAAAGAAGCAUGUUGUUACUGCUGCUCAUUCCUAUGGGUCACCAUGCCCUAAAAAGCAGUCCAUUAACAUUGUAGCUUGCUGGCUGGGAACACCCUAUUAUGCCAGUUACUGCUUGCUCUCUUGUUUUUUUUGAGAAAGGGAAAGCGACCCAUACAUGUAAAAACAAAGAAGGGUCAGUUUGACUCACCACUCACUUUUUCCUAGCCAGCUGCAAAGGUCAUUUAUCAUUCCUAGGUACUACAAGGACAUGUGGUUCUCUGGCUUGUGUUCGUAAUCAUCCUGACCUAGUGCUACUUGGUAGACAUGGUUCAGUUUCCUAGUUUUUUCUUAGGCAAUUUUAUUUAUCUGAAAGAGCUGCCUCUGUUUUGUACAGGCUUUUCACAGACAGGCUUCCUAGGCAUGAAAUUUCCCUGUCUAUGUUAAUCAAAUGAUAAUGAAAAGAAUACAAAGGUGAAAAGUUGCUGUUUGACAUCUUCUCUAAGCAAUGUUGGAAUAUCAGUGCCUUAAAUCUAGACAUCUCAGAAGCCUCAUGGCUUCUGUUUGAAAAGGACCCUGGCUUCCAAAAUUGACUUCCUGUGUGUCUUCUGAGGCAGUUUGCUGCCGACAUUGGUCACCUGGGCAAAUCACUAUUACGGUGCAGUAGUACAGAGGAAGACUGCAUGGAAAGCUGUGGUACCUAUAAUCACUGACCAAAUUGAUUUAAACUUCUGGUCCCUCGAGAUGCUUUUGAAAAAAAUAGAUUAAAGAAUGAGAUGACACGUGAUAGCCAGCACAAAAACAAGUACUGCAGUGAGGUCUCUAGUUGCCCUUAGGUGCCUGAGAGUAGCCUAUGUGACGCCACAAGUCCUGCCUCAGCUUUGACCCCUGACUGGUUCCUUCCCUUGAACCACCAUGUGCAAACACUGGGCAUUGUGAGUACAUUAACUGAAACGCUUCUUCACCUUCCUUUUUUAGCAUUAGGCUCUUUGGAGCAUAGCCAUCAGAUGCUGCUUCUGCUUUGGGCAUUGCUAUUGAUCUGAUGACUGUUCCCAGAUCCUGCUCUGGCACAUUACAGUAUUAACAUUAGGAGGCAAUUAAUUGCUACCUUUUCCAAGAAAGUCAACUCUUGGUGCUUUUAUGUGGAGAAAGGACUGAAUAAAAUGCAGGGGUGAUACAGCUUCUGGAAUAUUUUAGCUAUAUGAAAAAUGCUGUCAUACGGAAUAAGGGUUUAUAAUAAAAAGGGGCUUAUGUCAGAAGAAUGUUAACAGAAGGUGGAGAUGGCCAUAGUGGAAAACAAGUGAUAUGCAAACAACCAGUUCCUCUUCCUGGAGCCUGCUGGGAAUGCCAGUUUCAUGCAGAUGUGCCAUGGGGAAGUGGGUUCACUUGCAUGGUCAUUAUACCCCCUGCAACUUUGCCUAUUGCAAGCAAUGGCAGAGGUGACAAGCUCAUUGUUUCAGCGCUCUCAACUGUUGAAUGUAGCAAAAUAAGUGCUUUUUUUUAAAAAAAAAAGUCCGUCCAUCAGAGAACAAAGCAAUUCUUUGAUUCAGUGUCAUCUUUAAAGAAAGGAGAAAACUCUCAGUUACCAGAAAGAGAAGCCACAGCAUCUCCUAACUGAUUUCUUGAAGUCUCAGGCCACAUUUCCCCUUGUUAAUAAUAAAUAAAGUGGGAAAAAUAUAAUUGACUCAAAUCAGCAAUAGGAUUAAGCAGAAUCACAAAUCAUUUUGUGAGCUAUUGCUUGGCUUUCUUUUCCCCAGCAAUAACAUACCUUCUUGUGGUCACUUCACGACUCUCAUCAGUGCUGCAAAUUAAUGAAGAGUACUUGCAGAACGGGGCAAUGUUUUGUUACUAUUCUAAGGGCUAUGCAAAAGACAGAAGAGAGAAAGACACCAGCAAGUCAUAUUGUGUGUGUUUUGGUGGCUGAAUAGUCUGUAAAUGUCAAUAUUAUAAUAUUCUUGAAUAUUCAAUGUUAGCAAUCUUAACAUGUUUCUCAACUGUCCGCUAUUGCAAAAAACUCUCCUUCACCCACCUCAGCUAUUAUAAUCCUUUUGAACCCUAGACCACAUUCAGCUUCUCUGUUGUCCUGUUGGCAUAGCUGAGGUUUAACAAGCAUGUUAAUCAAAUGAAAUAUAGUGUUGAUUUUCUUUAGGAGGGAUCUGAUGCUGACACAGAAAAAUAAUUUAAAAAAACAAACAAACAAACAAACAAACAAACCAACAAAAUCCUGAUGUCCUGCAGCAAAAGUUGCUACAUAUGUUAAAAACCAAAAAAGUCAUGUACAACUAUGUUUAAUCAUUCAAUAGAAUGCUCUGCUUACAUCAUUACAGAGUUAUAGCAUUGAGCCUUCUGACCUCAUUUUGUUUUAGACAUACAGAGACAAUGCAUCUUCAUUGCAGUUUUAAAAAUAGGUUUCCUGAUACACGUCCCCUCUGUUCAAACAAAUUGCAGAAUUGUAAGUUUUCUAAUGUAAAAACUAUAAUUUGAUUUUUAAUUCCAACAAGUACUCCUCACAGCCCUCAUUCUCUACAUCAAUUAAGAAAAUAAUUUGAAUUCUUUCAGACUCUUAAACCCAGUAUUUAGGAGCACUGAUGCUUUCUGGCUGGAGAUGUCACAUCUCCUGUGAUGCAAUCUGGUAGACACCAUUGCAAUCUUCAGUAUAUCCCUUUAAAAAGUUCUUCAUAUUGUCAGUUAGAUUUGCCAAUGGCUCCUAACAGCACACGAUAGAGGAAGUUAUAUUUUAUCGUUCUUCACUGAACUGAGUUCUUGCAAAUGAACUCUCAGAGAAGACGUGCUUUUGAAUGAGCUACAGGAGCCAUGCUGAGUUUAUUUUAGUUGGGUUUAUAUUAGGUCUGAUUUUUGCUGAUCCCUUCAUUUUUCAUCAUUUUGCCUGUCUCUUCCAAUUGUUCCUGUUGGAGAGGACUGUGUUUUGAGAGGUUUUUUUGACAGCCAGAAUGCUGUGCCUGCAGAUUAUUCAUCUCUGCCGCCUUCCCUUCAGGCAGUCUCUCACCUGUUCCUGCCUGUGUCCACACCUUCGUAUACAUUAACACUGCAAAUUGCCCUAAAUAUCUUCGAGAUUAGCUUCCUUUAAAGGACUGAGUGUACCAAAAGCCCAGAGAGCUAGCAUUGAUUCUGCCUAAUGAGUUGAUAACUGCAUAUGCUUUUUAACACCUACAGAUUUUGAAUUGGAUCUGGGAAGGACUGUUAGGUAGUGGUUGGCCAGGACCACUUUAUGGUAAAAGGGGGAACCAUAAGCUAAAAAUCAAGAAAUUAAAGAAGGAAAGUUUGCCGAAAUGGGUAGUAUAUGUAUGAAAAGUCCAGAGAGUGCAAACGGUAGGUUUAGGUGCAACAUCCCCACUUUCUGGGACAAAUAGUUGAACUGUAGAUCAACUGUCAUUCAUAGAUCAGCACUGAGGUAGAAAAUAAACAUGCAGUAAAGCACAUGCACCCUUUCCAUCUGUCUAAAAAAUGGAAAUAUGGUGCAAGCCCUAAAUUGCAGGGUACCUCACACUGCUGUUUAAUUUAUUCUGAUAAUUUACGAUCCAGGAAUAUUAAAACAUUGUUCUAAUGAUACCUAAAAGUGUCCUUUUGCAGUAUAAAGUACAUAUCAUGUUGGCUGUGCUUUAAGGCUGGAUGAGCAACUUAUAUUCUAGUGAUCUUCAUUACAGCUAGCAGUACUGUUUGUCACAGGCAAUUCUUGCUGUAAAAUUAGCCUGUUUUCUUUCAAUGGAUUAGUUUUUAAAUAGACUUCUUUCAAAUUUUCAUUUAUCAAAUACUUUAUAUACCUACUAGUUCUCAGCCAAUGAUUUGCUUGCAAGCUAUUCACCAUAACUACCACUUUGAGUGCUUGCCAUUCAUUAAUGUAUAGUUUUCCUGUCGAACUGGGCAUCCAAAUCAUAUGAUGGCUUUGCUUUCCCCAGGCUGGAUGCCUUCCAAUCCCACAAAAAGCUUUCUAGGGGCUCCAGUAUGUCUGAUGAUGACUGUGAGAUGGCUUCUGGCAACAAUAUUAAUGCAAAUGCAUACUUGAAUGCGUUCUCAUGACAUAUUCCAAUCUUGUGAUCAAAAACGUGCUUAUAGACAUUUUCAAGGGAAAAAAACUAACUUGGGAUACAGUCAACAGUUCAUUUGCCUUUACUUAUAGCAGAAAAUUUUCACAGUUUGGUUUUGUUUCUUUCACUGGAUUCACCUCUCAGCCUCAGAUGGCGAGGGGAAAAAAAAUCACACUGCUGAUCCUGGAUAUAGUUAAUUAAUUAAUAUGAAAGUGACCUCCUGACAUCAGGACAUGGCA